AAAUGUUUGCGGUUUUUCCCAAACUUGUUCGCAUCCCAAAGCAAAUUUUUUCUCUUUUCUUUUCUCUUGUACUCAUUUUUUAGUUUUUCCUCCUUCCUCACAAACACCUCGUUCUAAAAAAUACACAUCAUGUCCAACUACAAGGUCGCUGACAUCUCCCUCGCCGCCUGGGGCCGCAAGGAUAUCGAGCUCUCUGAGAACGAGAUGCCUGGUCUCAUGUACCUCCGCGAGAAGUACGGUCCUUCCCAGCCCCUCAAGGGCGCCCGCAUUGCCGGUUGCCUGCACAUGACCAUCCAGACCGCUGUCCUUAUCGAGACCCUUACCGCUCUUGGUGCCGAGGUGACCUGGAGCUCCUGCAACAUCUUCUCGACCCAGGACCACGCCGCCGCCGCCAUCGCUGCCACUGGCGUCCCUGUCUUUGCCUGGAAGGGUGAGACCGACGAGGAGUACCUGUGGUGCAUUGACCAGACCUUGUCCUGCUUCAAGGACGGCAAGCCCCUGAACAUGAUCCUUGACGACGGAGGUGACCUGACCACCCUUGUCCACGAGAAGUACCCCCAGUAUCUGGCCGACAUCAAGGGUAUCUCCGAAGAGACCACCACCGGUGUCCACCAUCUUUACAAGAUGUUCGCUGACGGCAAGCUGAAGGUCCCCGCCAUCAACGUCAACGACUCCGUCACAAAGAGCAAGUUCGACAACCUGUACGGUUGCCGCGAGUCCCUCAUUGACGGCAUCAAGCGCGCCACCGACGUCAUGAUCGCCGGUAAGGUCUCGGUUGUUGCCGGCUACGGUGACGUCGGCAAGGGCUGCGCCGCCGCUCUGCGCGGUAUGGGUGCCCGCGUCCUCAUUACUGAGAUUGACCCCAUUAACGCCCUGCAGGCUGCCAUGGAGGGCUACGAGGUCACCACCAUGGAGGAGGCUGUCCUUGAGGGCAACAUCUUCGUUACCACCACCGGUAACCGCGACAUCAUCACCGGCGCCCAUAUGUCCAACAUGAAGGAGGACGCCAUCGUGUGCAACAUCGGUCACUUCGAUAUUGAGAUCGAGGUCAGCUGGCUCAAGGCCAACGCCGUCCAGCACGUCAACAUCAAGACUGGUGUUGACCGCUACCUGAUGCCCAACGGCCGCCACGUGAUUCUGCUCGCCGAGGGUCGUCUGGUCAACCUGGCCUGCGCCACUGGCCACCCCAGCUUCGUCAUGUCCAACUCGUUCUCCAACCAGGUGCUCGCCCAGAUCGCCCUGUGGACCGACAACUCCGCCUACCCCCUGGGCGUCCACGUUCUGCCCAAGCUCCUCGACGAGGAGGUUGCCCGUGCCCAUCUUAGCCAGAUCGGCGUCAAGCUGACCACCCUGACCACCGUCCAGGCUGACUACCUCGACAUCCCCACCAACGGCCCCUACAAGCGCGACGAUUACCGCUACUAAGCAAUCCUCUUUUUGUUCUAUGCAUCUUUUCGUGCCCAUUGAAAAAAUAUGCUAUGUCCCAAUUUCUAUACAUUAAUAAAUCUUUUUGGCAUUA